UCAAAGGCGGACAAUAAUCAUCGCGACGGCGACUCGCGCACUGCGACCGGCGGCUGCUGCUGCUCGCUCGUCGUCGUCGUCGAAGCGGCGGCGCGCACGGCCCCGGUGGCGCGCGCCCGUCACGGCGCGGUCACACACGCGACCGACAUGGAGGAGAGUCAGCUGUUGAUGACGGAACUUCCGGCGCUGACGCCGAGCCGCGGCGGCACGACGCUGCUACACAGGCCCGGUCACUACUACCACCUGCACCAGCCGCACUUGGCGAUACCGACGCCGCAGAGCCAGGCGAUCUCGAUGCACAACUCCAGCAGCACGGCGCCGCAUUACAACGCGAGCAACGAGGCAGCCGGCGGUGGGAUCGCCGGAGGCGGCCCCGCCGCCGCCGGUCUGCCGGCCUACGUCCAGGGCGGCAUCUCGUCGCGGCAGAUGCCGCAGGUGCCGCGCGGCACCGCCGCCGCCGCGGCCGGACACGCGAGCACCCACGUGUCCUGCCUCUACCCGGAGAUCCUCGCCCUGAUCUUCAGCUACCUGGAGGUGCGCGACAAGGGACGCGCCGCGCAGGUGUGCACCGCGUGGCGCGACGCCGCCUACUAUCGUUCGGUCUGGCGAGGGGUCGAGGCGCGGCUGCACCUGAGGAAACAGGCACCGGCGUUGUUCGCCAGCCUGGUGCGCCGCGGCGUGAAGAAGGUGCAGGUAUUGUCGCUCAGGCACGGCCUGAGCGCCGUUCUGCGAGGCGUGCCGAAUCUCGAGGCGCUCAAUCUGUCCGGCUGCUACAACAUCACCGACAGCGGCAUCAUGAACGGCUUCUGCCAGGAACUGCCGACCCUCACCGUGCUCAAUCUGUCGCUCUGCAAGCAGGUGACGGACGCCUCCCUCGGCCGGAUAGCCCAGUACUUGAAGAACCUCGAGCACCUCGAGCUGGGCGGCUGCUGCAACAUCACCAACACCGGGCUGAUGGUGAUCGCGUGGGGCCUGAAGAAGCUCAAACGGCUGGACCUGAGGAGCUGCUGGCACGUGUCCGACCAGGGUAUCGCUUAUCUGGCCGGGCUGAACCGCGAGGCCGACGGGAACCUCGCCCUGGAGCAUCUCAGCCUGCAGGACUGCCAGCGGCUGAGCGACGAGGCGCUCAGGAACGUCUCGCUCGGCCUCACCACCCUCAAGUCCAUCAACCUGUCCUUCUGCGUCUGCAUCACCGACUCCGGCGUCAAGCACUUGGCCCGGAUGUCGAGUCUGCGCGAGCUCAACCUCCGCUCGUGCGACAACAUCUCCGACAUCGGUAUGGCCUACCUGGCCGAGGGCGGCAGCCGCAUCACCUCGCUCGACGUGUCGUUCUGCGACAAGAUCGGCGACCAGGCGCUCGUCCACAUCUCCCAGGGCCUGUUCAACCUCAAGUCCCUCUCGCUGUCCGCCUGCCAGAUCAGCGACGAGGGCAUCUGCAAGAUCGCGAAGACCCUGCACGACCUCGAGACCCUCAACAUCGGCCAGUGCAGCCGGCUGACCGACCGGAGCCUCCACACCAUGGCCGAGAACAUGAAGCAUCUCAAGUGCAUCGACCUCUACGGCUGCACCAAGAUCACCACCGGCGGCCUCGAGCGGAUCAUGAAGCUGCCGCAGCUGAGUACGUUGAAUCUUGGCCUGUGGCACGUGCGGUGAUGGCUUUUUCCGUCGUAGAGCGCUCGUCGGGACGCCGUCACUCUCAUCGUCACCAUCGUCAUCGCCGCGUCGACUCCUCGCGACCAGCUGACCUCAUCUUCGCGCGCGCGUGUUCGCACCGCAGGCGGUAAGUCCACUACGGAGAUCUCCCGGCGACGACUCGCUUCUUCGCCCGAGACGGAUAUCUCGCCGCGCAACCCCACCGAGGGAAGACGCCGUCUCGGGCGCGCGCACCUACAUACUUCCGCUCGUACUUGCUCGGAGACGAUCGCUAGGUUAAUUCAACGACGGGUCUCUCCCCCCGGCGAGUCUCCAGAUCGACCCGGAGCGAAUUUCGAGAAAAAGGAAACGAACGUCACUCUCGGCUUUUCGCCGUUGAGCUCGCCUCCAUGCUGUACGAUUGUCGUGUACGAUUCAUUGAUUGAUCGACUGAUUACGGCGUGUUUCGCUUUUUCCCCCUCUUCUGUGUUUCAGAUUCGGAAAAGGGGAUCUCGCGCGACGAGUAACGAACGUAAAUCGCUCCGAUAUAUACGACGUUUACGCAGAAUCCGCGUGUUUUGUCCGCGCUAUUAUCAUUAAGUGGGCCGAGUUGACUCAACGAUCAGUGUCGUUACGCCUCUGACUUUGUCCGACUACGCUCCUCUCGCGGAAGACGCGCGCUUUCGAUAACGAUAGAUCGAGCUUAGUUAUUCUUAUCUCUGUAUUAAUAAACCCGUGCAAUCUGGAAUGGCGAUACCGACUCACGACUUUUUCGCGAUUCUCCCUCUCAUGUAUAUAUCGCGUAGCCACUUCCAAAAUAAAUAAAUAAGAUAGAUCGGCACAAAGUACGAGGUGCUGAAAGAGCACCUCGUCUCUUCCUCGCAGUAGUUGUACUCUCUCUCUCUCUCUCGAAAGUCCGUCCCGUUGGUUUCUUUUUUUCUCUCUUCUUCUCCUCCGUCCUUCUUCGAUUUUCCGACAGCAGCGCGCUAUCGAAUAUUAUUCACUCCUGUGUGCGCGCAUUAUGCGCCGUUCGCCGAUUCGGUUGUUCUCCUCCUCAUCUCGCGCUGCGCACUGCAGAAAUUAAUUAUAUCACGUCUAUUAUGUAUCUGGUGUCGAUCGCGCGCACGUAUUAAUUAUUGCGGCGCGGACGUCAGCACGCGGCGAGUUUUU